CCGGCCGGUCACAUCUGCCACCCACGGUGUGGGUAAGGAGCUCUGGUACAAACACACUUGGAAAAUCAGUCUAGAUACCACAUACAGCAAAGCCAGAGGCACCAGGUGAAGCAGUACCUGACCCUCGAUACCAAGCUGUCCAGCCAGACGCUCUCCCUGUCCCACUCCCACACAAUCCAGCCUGCGGGAGUGGCCUCCGUUUUGCGAAACGGACACAUGCCUCCUGUCAGCGACAUUGGCACACCAGAAAGCCCCGUUACCAAGCUGCUGGCCCUUGGAGGCGAACACGAAAAUGCGAUGGAAGAGGUGAUUGAAGACAUAAUCAAUAUGGAAUCAAGUUUUAAUGAUGAAGGGAUAGGUUGUUCUGAAACUCCUCUACUAAUGCAAAGAACUCUAUCUAGCAGCAUUUUGGAUAUAUAUAACAGUGACCAGGGAAUGGCACCAGCUAAUAUGGGUCUUACAAAUGCUUCUUGCCCAGCUAAUCUACCAGUAAAAAGGGAACUCACAGAAGCAGAUACACGAGCAAUGGCAAAGGAGAGACAAAAAAAGGAUAACCACAAUCUCAUUGAGAGAAGAAGAAGGUAUAAUAUUAAUUACCGAAUCAAGGAGCUUGGCACACUCAUCCCCAAGUCUAAUGAUCCUGAUAUGCGCUGGAACAAAGGAACUAUUUUAAAAGCAUCAGUGGAGUACAUCAAGUGGCUACAAAAAGAACAACAGAGAGCCAGAGAAUUAGAACACAGGCAGAAGAAAUUAGAGCAUGCUAACAGAAGACUUCUACUCCGAAUUCAGGAACUAGAGAUCCAGGCACGUGCACACGGCCUUCCAGUCAUGUCUUCACUCAGUGCUGUCGAUUUAGCUGCACAGGUCAUCAAGCAACAGUCUUAUCCAGAGGAGAACUCUGUAGACUACUCUCAACAAAUGCCUCUGGCACAUGGACCAAAUCCUGAUGUUUGCGACGGAUCUACAGCCUUUUCUGAUCCACUUUCACACUUCACGGAUUUGUCCUUCAGCGCAGCUCUAAAAGAAGAGCAACGGCUAGAGGAAAUUUUACUGGAUGACACGGUGUCGCCAUUUGGAACAGACCCACUCUUGUCCUCCGCGUCCCCCGCUGCAUCGAAAGAGAGCAGCAGGAGAAGCAGCUUUAGCACAGAUGAUGGAGAUGAUUUAUAAAAGCAGAAAGGGCCUCGUACUUCUCUAAUCCACUUGCUAAAAGACUGAGUUGAACGUAAACAUGGUGUUUGUGCUUAUUUUAAAUAUAAAUAAGGAGACUUACUGUGAAGAUAAGUUACUACGUGACAAGGGUUUAAAUCAGCCCUUAUUUCACAGGAAAAUGAGAUGGACACCAACUCAUAUCACUUUGCCCCAAAUUCGCACUCUCUGUUCACAGCUGACAUUUGCACAAAUCUUUGUUCACUGGGAAUGUUUUUAAUAUUGUUCCAUGACUUUUUUACAGCGCUAUCAAAAUGGUUACUGCAAAAGGAAUACCCAAGCUACAAAAGUGUAUUCAAACCCUCACUUCAAUCUGCAUUCACUAUUCUCUGCUAUAAACAGGAGUUUUAGUCAUUUUUUAAUUUCUCUUUUUUAUAUAACUAAAAAUUCUACAAAACGUGAAGCAACAGGGAACUAUUUAAGCUGGGAACUAUAGAGAUGUUACACAUUUUUAAAUCUGAAAGAACAGAUGGUAAUGCUUUCGCACAAGUGAAGUGAGCAUGAAAUUUAAACGGCGUAGGCUUCUCUUUAAAAGGAGAAAAUCCAUUAAGCUUUUCAUGGAAUUCCAUUUUUAAAAAUUUCAUUUGUAGAAAAAGAACAGACUUUUAAUAUAUGUUUUAAUGAUACAAAAGAAAAAUGGAAACUAACAUAAUGACACUCAAAGGAACUCAGACAGAAAAAGAAAUGGCAUUUCAACAGAAAGACUUUAUGAGGUACAAGACUCCACAAAGAUAUUCCGUGUUACAAUUAGCACAAUUAAAAACAAGCACUAUUGGUAACAGUGCUAUGUCAGCUGCUUAUUCCAAGAAUAUUAAAACUGUGUCCUUUUUUGUGUGGAAGAGAUCAGAGCUCAGAGACACAACAGAGUGCUUCUGGACAACUUUCAGUGUCCUUUGGCAGCACAAUAAGGUUUUUCCAAAGGGACUCUACUUUAUCCGUACUCAUACCUUUGAUCCAUUCGGAAAUGGAGGGAAAUUACAAGAUUCUCAUUGCAUACACUUGAAACAAAGAUAAUUUAAUUUCGAAUUUGGCUUUGGAUUCAUGACAGAAAGGCUGAAAAGGAAGACUUUUCAAACCAAAGGGGAUAUUCAGAAGUGUUGAUGUGAUGCACUGCUCCUCAUAACUAGCUUGCUAGGAGGGGGCGUUCAGAAAAUGUGUUUUGAUGACUCAGUAAAGGCUUGGCAGUUUGAGGGCAGGUAGAAGGCAUAUCAUUUCUAUACAUAGUGAAAUUCUGGAGAGUGAUGUAUGUUCCUGGAGGACAUUAAGUGCAAUCAUUCUAAUUGUAAUAUUAAUACAUUGGAAAAUAAGCUGGCACAGGUUCUUUGUAGCUCUUCCUCAACCAGAGCCAAAAGAUCACAUUAGGGAGUUCUCUAAUUAUUCAAAAUAUGUUUCAAAAGUGUGUAUUAAUUUUGCUGUCACUGAGCCUGCCUCACACCCCAGAAGUGUCACAGGAUUGGAAAUAGGAAGAAGAGAUUAAAAUGGAUUGUUGUUUGAGUUAAUGUUUUAGACAUAUUUAAACAUAUUAUCCAAGAACAAAGCAAUUGUUUCUUCCUAUUGCCUCUUCUGUUAUUGGUACCUGGGUCCUCCUCACAGUCCUUGUGAGGUUUGUGUUCCUCCAGGGCCAUACCCCAUUCCUGACCAACCCAGAUAGUGUCACAAUAGUUUCUUAAUUGGAAAGUUAGCAGUGGGAUAAUAAAUUACAUCCAGAUGGCUACAAAAGAUGAUGGAGUAUCCAAUUUUAGAAGAAUAUUUAUGUUUUUAGGUAACUCAAGGAUUUCUAUGAGCCUAUGCAAACUACUUGGAUGUAAGCUGAACAGAGCAGAACUGAUCUUCUUUUUGUAUAUGUGUGGGGUCCGACAACCCGUGACCCUCAGAAGAGGCUAAGAUAUGCUUCCACUGCACAGUUAAAAAUAAUAGCAACAACAAAUAGUCUUCUGGUCAUUUUCUUUUUUAUUUUUUAGCAUGGAAGAAAGGAAUGGAAAGACAAAUGAGUAUUAACCAAAGGUAAUUGAACAUAGAACUGAUCAGCAUUUUAAUUGAAGUGCUUCUAUAAAUUAAGCUCAUUAGAAGAGGAACCACUUUGUCGUAGUUUUGCCAAAGACUAGCUAAUAUUGACAUCUGAAUACAAAAUAUGAUGAAUUAAAAGUAACAUUUAUGCCCACAUUAUGUCUAGUGUAGGAUGCAUAUUGUCCAUUUCAGCUGAUGAAAGAAGGGGAUACUUGGGUGAUAUCAAAUGCCAUUUGUCCUUGUACUGCAGUUUCUACUACAUUAGUUUUAAAUACACCAGUGUGGAUUGCUCAUAAUGGAGAAAAAGAAAUUAAAUAUGAAUGUAUUACAUGAUUUUCCCAUUGAACUUUUGCAUGGGAGUUAGACCAUACUUCUGAACUAUAUUGACUUUAAAUAUCCUGAAUUUCAUCACUUUUAUAAGCACUGUUCUAAAAAAACAUUAUAGUGCAUCCAUUAAAUGUUUUAAAGUUGAUUUUCCUUCUUCUGACAAUUGCUUCAGUCUGAAGCAUCGGAUUUUUUUCCUCUUCCUGCAUGAGAAACUUAACAGAAGGUAGUGAAUGCUUCUUUUGCAAUAUACCAUAUUGCAUCUAUCAUUAAACAUAGUCAAGGUCUCUUCGUCCACACAAAAAUCCCCAACCCCCUUGCCCAAAACACUAAAUGUAUCCAUACCUGUAGGUGUGUAUUACAGCAAUGCUGUUUCACUACCAUUACGUUUUUUUCUAGUAGGAAAUCAUCGUAAUUAGUAUUUUAGCUAAUAACUACAACCUGUAUUACAGCAUCACUCUUGAAAUUAAGUGGUGAUGCAGGGUGAAAGAAACAGUGAUCUAGGACAUUCUGGGGAGAAAGAGGUGGUACUGAAAGCACUUAGGAGAUGGGUGUGCUGGUAACCAUAUCCCAGAGGUUCUGGAGUAAGCACUCCCUCUCCCACGCCAGGUUUGACCAGGCUGCUGUGAAGCUGAGAGGACUGUUAGAGCAGAGCAGAGCAGAGCAUGGUCCUACCGGCUGGCACAGAGGAAAGGGAGUUCGUGACUACAGGGACAAAUCCAGACGUCCUUCCUCAGGCAGAAUUUCUUUGCUGUCCAUGUGAGUUUUAUUGGACUAAAACGUGGUGCAAGCGAAAUACACUUCUUAGCUAUUUCCUACAGAGAUAUGUUUAAUGGAAUCUCAUUAAAGAGAUGCAUAAUAUGUCUGUGGCUCUGGGCCUAGAAACGAAUUUAAAGACUUACAGAGCUUAACCUCAGGCAGGGCAGGGGGUGAGGGGAACUGGCUAUUUUUGUCAAGAUGUAUUACACGAGGAGUUCUUGCUUGUUUUCAGUAGCAGCUGUUCAAAGCUGGUGGACGUAUUCCUGCAGACUACACAAAACAGUGGACUGAUAAUUACACAAAAGGAAAGGGAGUUGAAGUAUUAACAUCCUGUUUAAUUCAUGAAAUGGAUAUAGAUACUAUACUAAGAACAGAAACCUAAAUUAUUUCGUUGCGCAUAGCGUGGAUAGUGUGAAAAGCUAUGGUAAGUGCAAACAGUUUUAACAAACAGGAACACAUUUGCUUUAUAUAGUAAAAUAACUAAUUCAGUCAUUUAAUCUUAAUAAGAACAUUGUUAUUGUAAUACCUUUUGACUUUAAUAGGGCUGUAUAUAUGAAUGGAGGAUGUAAAAUUAUUGUAAUUUAAAAUUAUGUUAAGUCUCUUAGAUAAGUAAAGGCAUUUACAUUACUAUUAUGAGACUGUAGAAUAUUUUUAUAAUAAUUGCUAUUUUUCAUUGUUAACCAUAUAGUAUCUUGUUUUUCUAAGUCAAUGUAUGCAGACAGAAUGUACUUUAUUACGCACUGUACAUGCAAUCUUUUAAAAAUUACGUUUUAUACAUGCUGGUAUUUUAUGUUUAUUAUAUGAAUACAAUUAAAGGACUGAAAUUAAAACAUCUCAUUAUAUGUCCCUUGUGAAACUUCACUAUCCCGUCCCUCAAAGAAUGCCAUCACAAGACAAUAUAAUAACAUCCGCUAAGAACAUCUGAGAUAGAUACCUAACAGACAAAACACUUCACAACUGCUAAACAUUUAGUCCAUUAUGAUACAUCAUGAUCCAGUAGCCUCCCAUUAAUAAAAAUAAUUGAUACAUUCUUUAAUAUGGUCUCCUGCCAUCUGCUUAUUCCUGCUGCUAAGGCUUUGAUUUAUGGAAAGUGUUUUCAGAAUGUUGCAAAAUUGCUAGCAGGCAUGAUGAUAUCAGUUAAAUCACUAAGAAGCUCUACAAAAACCUUUUAAUGUACUAGAUGUUCCCCAGACAAUCUAGGAUAAACAGAAUAUUGUAUUUUAAGAUGUAAAACAUUUUUUUAAAGCUGAUAAUUAGGUAGCAUUUGGCACUAAAAGAUACUCUUACUUAAUGAAUUAAGUAAGGAUUCAGAUUGCAUUAUGAAUUCCUAAUAUCAAAAGUGCUGCUUUCUUUAGAAUAUAUUUGGUGCUUUCUGUGCAUGAAAUGAUGCAAAAGUUGUUGAGUAGU